AUGAACCUCCAGCAACAGCACCAACAGCCUCACCCUUGGGGCUGGGACAGUGGCAGCCCUCUACGGCCACCACCACCGCCGCCGCUGCCGCAGCAGCAGCAGCAGCAGCAGCCUCGCUCGGCCCUCAUUGACGCUCCAGUGCCCGGCGCCGCCACUAGCAGCCUCCACCCGGCCCGUGGCGGGUGCGCCGACGGUGCCUGCAGCGUUUGCGACGGGUACAACUGCACCUGCGCUGCGUACGAGGACCAAGACUACGACCAGCAUGCCUCAGAUCCAGAGCCCGGCGGUGACUCUGAAUUGCUGCCCAGCCCCGAACUCUCGUGCCAGCCGCCCGGCAUGAGCGGGUGCUCCAGGUACAACCACCUGCACCUGGUGCCGCCCUGCGCGUUCCCGCCACGCGGGGAACCACAGUACCAGCUGCUGCGCAAGCUCGGGCAGGGCGCCUAUGCCAGCGUGUUUGAAGCGCGUGACCUCACAUCCAACCGCAUCGUGGCUGUCAAGCUGUCUGUGGAUUGGUGGACCGCGCGCACCUUUGAGUCUUGCUCAGAGGAGAAUGCGUACCGCCUUACAAGGGGAAUCAAGAGCAGAUGCGAGGAGGAGUUCCGGGUGUACCAGGCGCUCGAGGCGGUGGAAUGGUGGCCCCUGCAGGCACAGGCGGCGCGUGAUCACGGCAUACCAACAGCCUAUGCAUCAGGUGCGUUUGUCGUCCCUGCUCAGGGUGCUGCAGGCACCAACUUUGUCAGCUGGAUCGCCAUGCAGCUGCUGGGCGGCAGCCUGGAUGCGAGAGGCGGCGGCAACGCCCAGCGUGCCGCGCCCGCGCAGUGCGACGAGGGCGCCGGGGGAGCGGGAGACCGGAGCAAGGAGCUGAGUGCGAGAGAGCUGGUGCAGAUGGCCAAGCGUGCGAUCAAGGCCCUCAGCUGGGUGCACUCGCAUGGGCUGGUCCACCGGGAUGUCAAGCCCGCCAACAUGUGCGGGCUCUAUGGCUGCCGGCCCCUGUCUGGCUGCCGGCCAUUGGACGCCUGCCGCCUGUACCUGGUUGAUUACAACCUGGCGCACCCCUGGGACCCAGAGAGCGAGGAGCCGCCUGUCCUGUACGGAACCCCCCAAUACGCAUCGCGUGCCGCACUGCGCGGGUGGCCCCCCACCCCCAGCGACGACGUGGAGGGCCUCCUGUACUCACUGCUCUCCAUCUCGGCGCCCCUCGGGCCGGACGGCAGGCCGCCCCUGAACUGGCUGCCUUUCGUGGUGGUGCAGGGGAAUGAGGCGAAUGGGUAUUGGUCUGAGAAACUCAUGGCGCGAUGGGCCAAGAGCAAGGAGAGGGGCUGGAAGCGGGCUGUGGACCAGGGCCUGAUCCCUCCAGCUUUUGACCGAUGCUACAAGUACCUGUCGUCCCUGGACGACCCUGGCGCCGUUGACUAUGGGCUGAUCACGUCUCUCCUCGAGCAGAUCGCAGCGCCACCGCUCACUGGCGGCCGCGGCGGCUCCCCUGCCGUGCCGGAGCAGUGGGCUGUGUGGCGGCACAACCUAGGGUGCAGGCCGGCGCCGCGGCAGCUGGAGGAGCGGAACCAGCGGGAUGAUGCCAGCGGGGAGGAGGAGGAGGAGGAGGAGGAGGGCGGGGAGGACGAGGAGGGCCAGCAGUCAGAAGCAGAGGACUAUGGUGAUGACGAGGAGGAAGAGGGGGAGGAGGAGGAGGAAGAAGAGCAGGAGUGGGAGUAUCCGUGGGAGCGCGACGAGGAGGAGGAUGAGGCGGAUGCGUGGCAGAGGGCAGAGCCGUCAUCGCCGCCGCUGCUCCAGCAGCUGCAGCGGGUGCAGCAGCCGCAGGAGUGGGAGCGGCAGCGGGAGCAGCAAGGGCAAGAACGAGACGCGUAUGACGCUUGGGUGGAAGAAUGGGGGCGGCGCUACGGUGACAGCACGGCAGAGGAGGACAUGCCGCCGCGGUUUGCAGACAGCCCGGCGUCUGCAGCGGCGAUGGCGCGGUGGGCGGCGGCAGGUGCCAAGAGGGCGAGGAGCGGUUGGGUGGAAACACCAGGCGGCGCACAGGUGGCCUCACGGACCGCACCAGGGCUGGCCCCUGGCCAGACGGCAGUGGCUGGCUAUCCGCAAGUGGCGAAGAGGGUGAGGGUUGGCAUCUCAAUGGCCGAGGAGUGA